CCGGAAGUUCCGAGACGGAUUCCAGGUGCCAGCGAAUCCUGUAAGGUACGCGUGGAAACUGGGGUCAUGGCGGCGCACGGCCCAGCGCUCUGCCUCUUCGACGUGGACGGGACCCUGACGGCCCCGCGGCAGAAAAUUACCAAAGACAUGGAUUGCUUUCUACAAAAACUGAGGCAGAAGAUCAAAGUUGGAGUCGUAGGCGGGUCGGACUUUGAGAAAGUACAGGAGCAACUGGGAAACGAUGUGGUUGAAAAAUAUGAUUAUGUGUUUCCAGAAAAUGGCUUGGUAGCAUACAAAGAUGGGAAACUCUUGUGCAAACAGAACAUUCAAGGUCACCUGGGUGAGGCCCUAAUCCAGGAUUUAAUCAACUACUGUCUGAGCUACAUCGCGAAAAUUAAACUCCCGAAGAAAAGGGGUACUUUCAUCGAAUUCCGAAAUGGGAUGUUGAAUGUGUCCCCCGUCGGAAGAAGCUGCAGCCAAGAAGAACGCAUUGAGUUCUACGAACUGGAUCAGAAAGAAAGUAUAAGACAGAAAUUCGUGGAGGAUCUGCGGAGAGAGUUUGCAGGGAAAGGCCUCACGUUUUCCAUAGGAGGUCAGAUCAGCUUUGAUGUCUUCCCUGAUGGAUGGGACAAGAGGUAUUGCCUGGGACAUGUGGAAAAGGACGGCUAUGAGACCAUUUAUUUCUUUGGUGACAAAACCAUGCCAGCAUAAUUGCAUGUUCCAAAGCUAAACUGCAGUUCAAGGGAAGGUGAAAAACCCUUUUUUGGUACGAGAGUACCCUUGCUGUUCCUCUCCUGGGGGCUAAGAAAAGGUGCCUGAAGAGAUGCUCCCCACCCGGUAAAAUCGCAGGGUCCUCAUUUCUGGUCCUAUUUCUCUGGUGGCCCCAGGCCCCUGGGUGGCAACAGCCUUGGCCCAGGAGGAGCCAGGUGGCGCCUGCAUCUGCGCCGUGUCUUCUCAGGGUGGGAACGACCACGAGAUCUUCACAGACCCGAGGACGGUGGGCUACACCGUGACGGCGCCCGAGGACACACGCAGGAUCUGUGAGGAGCUCUUCUGCUGACCAUCCCUCUCCCCGUGGGAGGGGCGUCCCGCCACGCCCACCCCCAGCCCACUGUACGGUUGUCACUCGGGUCCUCACUCAGCAGGGAGAUGGCCCUCCGCCUCCAGUGCUAGAAGCAGCCAGAAGGGAGAAGAAAAGGCUUGUCAAGAAUGGUUCAAAGGACUGUCUCCAACAGAGGGUUUUGUCCCCACCCCGAGUCUCAGGACCCCCAGCCCUGCCCUGAUACGUGCGAUCACAGUACACCUGGGGUUUUUUUGUUUUUAAACUUUCCCAUCAUUCUAGAAUGAUACAGGAAGAACGAGUGUGCCUGGACCCUCCCUCUUUCCUCAUGGGUCUUGUGGAAAAUAUAACAGAUAUUCACAUUGGGACCCUCUGCAUCAGUACCAGGAGGGGGGCUUUGGUGAUGAGAAAGAAAGGACAAGAUGUUUACAAUGAUCUGACCCUGGGACAUGGUUAAAAACACUUCCAGAAAUGAAGCUCCCCCGUGAGAGUGCUGGUCGAGUGACCACUGACCCCAGGGACUUUGCACCUAGCUGGCCCAGGAAGCAGGGGUAGCUCUGUAUCCACUACACUUUGAAGAGCCCGCUGGUUUCCUAGCCAUUGGGACAGAGGCAGUGGAACCAACAACCCCGCCGAGAACUGGCACAUGGCCCUCCCGGGACGCAGCUCCGAGCCCAGGCCUAGAGACUAACUGAGGCGGUCACACUUCGCCCAAAGAACCUCCUCCUGCUGUCCCCAGGGCCUGUUUGCCCUAGUUCGUCAGGGAUCGGGAGAGCCUGAACUAACAGAUCAGGAGCUGUACCAUUUCUCUGCCGGAUGUUUGAAUAAGCCCAUCCACCCAGGCCCUCGGAGCUGCCGUGGUCGGGUCUGUAACCCUCACUCCUCCCUCCCGCCUUCUGCAAGUUCCUUGUAUAACUGGAAGGCAGCGCAGAGCCUCGUCCACAACACAGAACACGGAAGAGAGCUUUCCAAGAAAACGGUUGCUGUGUCACUUUUGAGCAUCUUCCUCCACAGACCAGUGCCGGGGCCGGCGUCAGUCCAGGCAUGGCCUCUGCUGGGGACUUGCAGACCUGAAUCUGAAGUGGGGAUUACAGAGGUGCUCUGAGCAGCCCACCUUUCUGCCCCCACCAGGUACCUUCAUCACAGAGGAACCUGGUUCCCCCCAACCCUCCCCCAGCCUGGCUUGUCUCAGCUCAGGAUCAGCGCCAGGCUGCGAGGUCAGCCCCCUCACCUGCCCAGGGCCACACACCGGGGUGACGGUUCUCACUGGUUCCCAGGACUGUGCCGUCCUGUGGCAUCCUUCCUGGCUGAAUUUUACACAAUACUGUAAUGAUCUUUCCAAAUGAAGAGUAGCAAAGUAAAGUGAUUUUAUUGUUUCCUA